GAGUUUGCUUCGAAGUUCAUCAAGCUGAAGAAGUAAAAACUUAGCGGAGGUCUAUUAAAGCAUUUACCUAGGAUUCCUUUGAUAUUGGAUUUGAAGGAGAAAGUAGUUAAUUUUAUACUUGGGAUGUCCGCUCCAGCGGCAGCUGCGGCGUCUGCCGUCCUGGAUUUUGAUGACAUCCUUGCUGAGAUUGGAGAGUUCGGACGUUUUCAGCGUCGGAACUAUUUGCUCAUUUGCCUGCCGGUUCUAUUUGCAGCCGCCAACAGUCUUUCAUAUGUUUUCACGGCAGGAUCGCCCACCUAUCGAUGUUAUGUUCCUGGCUGUGAUUCUCCAGAUGAUCAGGAAUAUGGAGCAGAUUGGGUUUCCAUCGCUGUUCCCGGUAGCUGGAGCAAACGGGGACACUUUACGCCGUCCACUUGUGACAGAUUCGUGGCCAAUGGAAGCUACUCCGAAUCUGAAACUUGGUGCACCGCCGACAACUUUACAACAGAAACGGAGAGAUGCCGGCAAUUUGUGUACGGCAGUGCGGAGCGGACUAUUGUCCAGCAGUGGGGACUGCAGUGCCAGGAGAAUCUCUGGAAGCUGGCUUUCGUGGGAACAAUGCAUUUCGCCGGUUUGGUGGUGGGAACAGCACUUUCCGGCUACUUGGCUGACCGUUAUGGACGUAAGCACGUCUUUCUGUUCUGCAUCGUAUUUAUGGCGCUCACUGGCGUUGCGCAGGCGCUCUCCUGGGACUACAUCAGUUUUCUGGUCUUUGCCCUUUUAAACGCGGUGGGCACUUCCGGUGUUUAUCCACUGGCCUUCAUCAUCGGCGUGGAGAUGGUUGGACCACGGAAGCGCGAGAUGUCCUCCAUUGUGCUCAACUAUUUUUACGCGGUGGGUGAGGCGCUUCUUGGCCUUUCCGUCUUCCUGCCCGAUUGGCGGCAGUUGCAACUGGUGCUCUCGAUUCCACCACUUAUUUGCUUGGCAUACUUUUGGUUGGUACCGGAGUCGGUGCGGUGGCUUUUGGCCCGCAAUCGAAGGGAACAGGCAGGUGUCAUCAUUCGACGGGCGGCCAAAGUGAACCGACGCGAUAUUUCCGUUGAGCUGAUGGCCAGUUUCAAGCAGCAGGAACUAGAGGCGGAAGCGGCACCGGAACCGGAAACCGAUGGUGUCCUGGCGGAACAAAAGGAUGACAAAAUCUGGAUGGCCAUCAAACAGGUGGUGGGCUCUCGCACUUUGAUGGGCAGGUACGCCAUCCUGUUGCUCAUUUGGGCCGUUAAUGCCAUAGUUUACUACGGAUUAUCGCUGAAUGCAACUAGUUUGAGUGGCAAUAAGUAUCUCAACUUUGCACUAGUUUGCCUGGUGGAGAUUCCUGGCUAUAGCAUUGCUUGGCUUUUCCUAAGGAGACUCGGAAGGAGAUUAGCCCUCUCUGGAUCACUGCUGCUUUGUUCUAUCACCUGUGUAUCCAGCGGUUUCGUCACCCUGGCUCAAGGUGAAUGGAUUAACUGCAAGCCAGGAGUCGAGAGUAGACACUCGUGGAGUUGUUCCAACUGGCUGGUCGUCACGCUCUUCCUCGUCGGAAAACUGGGCAUCACCUCUUCAUUUGCCGUCAUUUAUACGUUCACCGCGGAAAUGAUGCCCACAGUUAUUCGGAGCGGCGGCGUUGGAGUCAUGUCCACAUUUGCACGAUUUGGGGCAAUGUUGGCUCCUUUCGUGCCUCUUUUGGCUUCGUACUAUGAACCAUUGCCUCUCCUAUUAUUCGGAGUUAUAUCGCUAAUAGCUGGGCUCUUCUCGCUGUUACUUCCAGAAACCUUUAACAAGAAGCUGCCGGAUACAGUGGAAGAGGCCAUUGCAUUGGGGAAUUGAUAAGGUGACAAUUGCUUCUACACUCCCAAAUUUGGAUAGUUUAAAUUUAAUUUUUUUUUUUUUUUUAAAACAAUGUUAAA